UGUUUAUAUCUUAGUAACGCACUGUGGUGGACAAGAUGUCUCCACAGACGGAUGAAGUUGCGAGCAGCUCCAAAGAAAACUCUUUUAGAAAGCAAGGACGUGCAAAAACCAGCCAUGAAGGUGCAGCAAGACGCAACAAAGGAUUCACCAGGGCCGAAAGUUCCAGCCAGGAUUCUCACUCCAGCGAUAGUUCAGCGUCGCAGAACGUUGAUGCUAAAUAUGUCAACCUAGGCGAGGAAGAUCAAAUGGAAAUCCACGGAUACCGUCGGUCGGUUUUCUGGACUACAGUUACAUGGUUUUUCAUCGUCAUAACUGUUGGAAUACUGCGGAUGGUCUAUCACUGGUUUCCGGAGUGGUUUCUGAACUGCACACAUACAAAAUGUCCCUUGGAAGUUGCCGAAAAGGUGUUGCUAGUGGAGAUUUGCCAGGAAAAGUAUAGGAAAAUACAUAUUCGAACCAUAAUUCACCAGACAGCUCUGCAGGCUAUAACUGUUGCCAAUCAGGAGGAACUUAGCACGAAUAAUAAAAAUCACACCGAAGAUCAUGUCAUGGAAGAGUUUAACAAAGCGACAGAAGCGUUGUCCCUUCCACUCCCGAAUCCCGAUGGCACGUUUAACGAAGUAGAAAACAUGCGUUUGUUUACCUGCAAGAAGUUGCGUUACGUAUGGAACGAAAGGUCAAAAGAAUUCUUCAAACUUAAAAGCCUGGGCCCCGGAAUACCAACUUCAUCUCUCCACUGUCCGGAUGCGCAACAAGGUCACGCCGGACUUUCCACCAUCGAACAACAGAAAAGACGUGCAGUCUACGGAAGAAAUACUAUUUACGUACCAGUUAGACCGAUUCUCGAGCUCCUCUUGCUUGAAGUCAUUAAUCCAUUCUACAUCUUCCAAGUUGCCUCAAUUUUGAUCUGGAUUGCGAUUUGGUACUACUUCUAUGCUGCAGCCAUUGCCGUAAUGUCCAUAGCUGGAAUUAUAAUCACCAUUAGCCAAACAAGAAAAAACCAGCGAAAGCUCAGAAACACAGUUCGCGGUAAUGAUAUUAUUACCGUGUGCAGGGGAAAUGGAAAUUACCACACCGUAAGAACGGAAGAUCUAGUUCCAGGAGAUGUAAUGGUAAUUCCACCAGCGGGCUGCGUCUUGCAUUGCGACGCCGUUCUUCUUUUUGGCACCUGUAUCGUCAAUGAAAGCAUGUUAACAGGUGAAUCGGUUCCUGUGACUAAAACGCCACUGCCAAUGAGGAACGAUGUCCUUUACAACCCGAAAGAACACGCAAGACAUACUUUAUUCAGCGGUACCCGCGUAGUCCAAACUCGCUUUUACGACGACGAAAAGGUGAUGGCGGUUGUUACAGCGACUGGCUUUCUGACUGCUAAAGGGACACUUGUAUCUUCGAUCAUGUACCCUCCACCUGCAGACUAUAAAUUCGAAAGAGACAGCUACAAGUUUAUCGGAUUUUUGGCUUCUUUAGCCUCAAUCGGAUUCAUCUACAGCACGGUUACAAAGAUCAUGAAUGGUGACACUGGCUUGCAAGUCAUUCUACACAGCUUUGACUUGAUUACUGUCUGCGUUCCUCCCGCACUACCUGCCGCAAUGGCGGCUGGAAUUAUCUUAGCUCAAAGACGACUUGAGUUGCGAAAUAUCUUUUGCAUAUCACCAAGAGCAAUCAACGUAUCAGGAUCCAUCAAUUGUGUUUGCUUCGAUAAAACUGGAACUUUAACCGAAGAAGGCUUGGAUCUCUGGGGUGUAGUGCCGGUUGCCAGAAUUGCCAAUUUCCUUCGUGUUCUUUCACCAGUCACGAAACCUUGUACACUACCUGGGGCCGUGUCUACGGUGACUGGAAGCGAGAUGAGCCACGAAGAUCCAAAGAAGGAACUACCUUAUUUGCUGUUUAAAGGGAUGGCUACUUGCCAUUCAUUAACCAUCAUUGAUGGCACUUUGAACGGCGAUCCCCUUGAUCUUAAAAUGUUUGAAUCGACCGGAUGGAAUUUGAUAGAGCCAUCACAUGACGACACUCACAAAUAUGACAAUCUCUGCCCAACAGUUGUGACGUGGACUCCGAACGAAGGCGACAAACAUUCCAAAGUGGAAGUGGGAAUUGUCAGACAGUUCCCCUUUAGUUCUGCUCUACAACGAAUGGCUGUCUUAUGCAAAGAAAUGGGAAAAGAUCAAAUGCACUUCUUCUGUAAAGGAUCACCUGAGAUGAUUCAGUCCUUAUCGCUUCCCGAAACUGUGCCUGAAAAUUAUAAUAAGCUGUUGGAAUCAUACACCAAGCAAGGAUUCCGCGUCAUCGCUCUUGGCCAUCGCUUGGUAGAAUCCCAGUCCAUCAAUAAGCUGCAAAAAGUUCAGAGAGAAGAUUUAGAACACGGAUUAACAUUUCUGGGUCUUGUCGUCUUGGAGAACAGAUUGAAGCCUGAUAGUGCCGAAGUCUUAGCCGAAUUGGCCUCUGCUGCUGUGCGAACCAUUAUGGUUACUGGUGACAACUUACUCACGGCCAUCAGCGUUGCUCGAGAUUGUGAGAUGGUAGGAGAAAACGAAGAAAUUGUCAUUGUCAAUUGCGAUGAAACAACGCUUUCUGAAGAUAAGCCUCGCCUAACUUUUACUUUAGCAGAAAAAGUAUCUCGUCAGCUGACUGGUAGUCCAACUGCAACACGAGCAAAUUUGAGUAUUGCUGAAGAUGUCAUCUUAAGUAUGCCGGACGCGGGGACCCAUUAUGGCCGCUAUCACUUAGCAAUUACCGGAAAAAGUUGGUCAGUUAUCCAAGAACACUAUCCCGAACUGAUACCGAACUCUGUCGUUAAAGGAACAAUCUUCGCCAGGAUGUCACCUGAUCAGAAACAGCAAUUAGUGACUGCAUUGCAAAAGACUGGCUAUUUCGUUGGAAUGUGUGGUGAUGGAGCUAAUGAUUGCGGUGCUCUGAAAGCAGCUCACGCUGGAAUCGCCCUGACCGACUCGGAAGCAUCGGUAGCGUCUCCUUUUACAUCGAAAGAGCCCAGUAUUUCUUGCGUACCCGAGCUCAUUCGUCAGGGCCGUUGCGCUUUGGUCACUUCUUUCGGCAUUUUCAACUACAUGGCUAUCUACGCAUUGAUUCAAUUCUUUUCCGUCAUGAUCCUUUUCGAAGUGGGAACAAAUUUGUCAGAUUUCCAAUUCCUUUACGUCGAUUUCUUCAUCAUUUGUUCUCUUUCGGCUUUCUUCGGACAAACGCAACCUUACCCGGGAAAACUCUUUAAACGUCCUCCUUUAACAUCUCUCUUGUCUCUGCCUCCAGUUGGAUCGCUUGUCAUUCAAGCGGCAAUUAUCUUGUUAAUACAACUCACGAGCUUGUUCGUAACGCAGCAACAAGAUUGGUUCGUGCCGUACUUGAACAUCACGAAUGGAACUUUGGGCACGGAAUUAGCCGAGUACGCCUGUAGCGAAAACUACGCCGUGGUCGGUGUCUCGUUUAGCCAGUACAUUUUCUUGGCUUUGGCUUACUCGAAAGGUAAACCGUACAGGAAAAUGUUCUUGACAAAUUAUGGAUUCACAGCUUCGUUGGCCAUCUGGACCGGAUUUUCUUUAUAUCUACUCAUCGAACCAAACGACUAUUUCAAAGAACUCUUUGAACUAGAAAUGCCACCGGAAUUUUCCUUCCGGUUCGUCAUCGUUGGCUUCUCUAUUCUUCAGGUAGCACUUUGUUUACUGAUUGAAGCGUUUUUGGUUGAUCGAGGACUUCUGGCUAUGAUGAAUUCGUCUUGGUGGCUAAAGUUACGACCUCGUCAAGAAAUGUACCUGGAAGUCGAAGAAAAACUGUCCACAUCGCGAUGGCCGCUCGUUAGCAAUUACGAUGAAGAACCACCUCCAGAAGCCCUUUCAGCACUCCGGGCAAAAUCUUGAGGGAGCCACAUUUCACGAAUGGUUCACAAUUGCCGUUUUUUUUCUAAAUCAACUAUAACUUAUGCAUAUGUAAAGAAAUUUCAUGCGCCAGCUCCACUGCUUUACAGCAUGAAAUUCUUUACGCCGGGUGGUGGGUGAUUUGAUGGGUCUACUCUUUGGCCAUCAUUAAAAUAACCAUUUAGCUCUUUUUCUUGUUUUUUGCAUGGCUAGAAGAUUAAGAAGAAAAGAUAUCAUGUUAUAUCCUAUUUUAACUAGGGCAGAAAUCAUAUAACUUUAGUAUCUGCAGCACUUCAAGGGAUUUAAAAAAAUACAUAUUACUUAAUUUUA